AUGAAGACUGCCGUCAUCUUGGCCCUGAUUGGCUGCCUGGUCACGGUCACUGAGCCCAAAGUCUACACUCGCUGUAAACUGGCAAAAAUAUUUUCGAGGGCUGGCCUUGACAAUUACCAGGGCUUUAGCCUUGGAAACUGGAUCUGCAUGGCCUACUUUGAGAGCCACUACAAUACAACAGCUCAGACUGAGCUAGAGGAUGGGAGCAUUGACUAUGGCAUUUUUCAGAUAAACAGUUUCACGUGGUGCAGACGGGGUAAGCUACAAGAGAAGAACCACUGUCACGUUGCCUGCACAGCCUUGAUCACGGAUGACCUCACAGAUGCAAUUAUCUGUGCCAAGAAAAUUGCUAAAGAGACAGAAGGGAUGAACUAUUGGCAAGGCUGGAAGAAACACUGUGAGGGCAAAGACCUGUCUGAGUGGAAAAAGGGAUGUGAGGUUUCAUGAAUUGGAACUGGACCCAGG